GGUGCCAAACCUGAAUUACCAGCCCAGAGAGUGGCUGUGCAUCCCGGGAGCUCCUGUGAUUUGCGGCAGGUUUUUCAGGUCCCCGCCUGUCACACACACACGCAGAUACUUAAGCAGUCACCCUGGGACCUGCGGGGUUCUUAUUUGACACACAUCUGGUCCCUGCCGGCUCCAGUGCCUGGCCCCAUAGACCUGCCCUGUGAGGAGAUGGCCACGGAGGAGCCAGUGCCUCUUACUAAGGAGCAGCUGGAGACCCUGGAGCACAACUUCUGCAAGGUGAACAAGCAUCCUGACCCCACCACGCUGUGCCUCAUCGCAGCCGAGACUGGGCUGUCUGAGGAGCAGACCCUGAAAUGGUUCAAGCAGCGCCUGGCAGAGUGGAGGAAGUCUGAAGGGCUGCCCUCAGAGAGCAGGUCUGUCAGGGACUAGAGGAUGCUGCUCCGAUCCCCAUGCCUGCUGUAAAUGACGGUGAAGCUCUUCGGAGGGGAUUUCCUUGGGGUUCUUCUGUUGCAAUAGGUUUUGAGAACAAAGUAAUGCCCUGCUAUUUAACAUAAGUUUUAUUUAAAGUGUAUAUAACCAGGAAAAAUAAAUUAUGUAUAUGUAUACAGCUUCUGAUGGCUGCAAAACCUGCCUAGUGAUAGCCAUCCACUAACAGUGGCUGCACAGGGCAAGGGAAUCUCAUGCCCUUGUCCCAGGCUUGCAGAAAAGCUGCCAUGGAAAGUUCAUAGAAGAGGAAAAAAAGGUUUCUUAUGAUCCUCACAGAGACAGUAUGUGUGCUAGCUUUAACAUUCACAUCAUCCAGAGAGGAGGGCACCUGGAAAGCCAGAUGUGUUGUUCAUGUGAUCUUGGUGAGCGCAAGCUGCCUGAGUCAGCUCUGGAUAUUGGCAAACCGAGUGCCUACACCAUCAUCAGAUCAAGCCAAGCCCCGCCUUGGAUGUGUUUCUCACAUUUCUGUUAAAGGUCAUCAAAGAACUGGUCUUGGGGUUUGUUUUUUUUUCCCAAUGCAUUAAUAAAAACAUUUUUUUUUCUGAUGA